AUGAUCAUUGGAGCAUUCGGCAAAUACAUAUCGUUGAUGCCGAUUUCAUUUGUACUUGGAGUCACUGCCAUAAAGGAUGCGUUCGAGGAUUAUCGACGAUACAAAUCCGAUCAGAAAAUCAACCAUUCAACGUGCCGUGUUUGGGACUCGAGUCAGGGAAGGUAUCGCAAGCUUGAAUGGAAGCAUAUACUCGUUGGCGACUUUGUACAUCUUUCUCAUGAUGAAAUCAUUCCUGCAGACAUUCUUCUUCUCCGGAGUAGUGACACCAACGGAAUUUGUUACGUUGACACAUGCAACUUGGAUGGUGAGAGUAACCUUAAACAAAGGCAAGCCAUACGAGCAAUGGGGAAGUUUCACAAUCCGACAGUUCCUCUCAAUUUCUCUCCUGAUCAGUUCAAGUACAAGGUAGUCUGUUGCGAAGAGCCGACGACAGACGUGUAUAAAUUUGAAGGCCGUUUGGAAACAAUGGAAGGAGGUUUGUGUGUGGAAUUUAGCGCCUAUUCGUUUACAUCAAAACUUUUGCGGAACUUCUCGUGCAGAAUUCUUUUCUUUGCAGGAGCUCCACUUCCCCGUGAAUUCACUAUUCUGGCUAAGGAGAACGUGCUUCUUCGUGGUUGUGUAGUCAAGAACACGGAUUUUGUUGAAGGAAUUGUUUUAUAUGCAGGGAACGAUACGAAAGCCAUGUUAAACAACAAAGGCCCACGCUAUAAAAGGAGUACAUUGGAACGACUAACAAAUCUAGAUAUCAUUUGGUGUGUAGUGAUUCUACUUACACUGUGUAUCACUGGGGCUGUUCUCUCAGGAGUGUGGAUGCGAAGUUUUUCUGCACCCUAUGAGGUGCCCUUCUUCACAUGGUCUGAAAUGGCAGGUGGCACCGAGUUUCGUCCUUCUUUCGAAAGUUUCUGGAACUUCUGGUCUUUUAUCAUUGUUUUACAGGUAGGCUUGGCGACGUUUGAAUUUUUGUCUAAAUAGGA